AUGAGAGUUUCCACGGUCAGCCUCGGAAAGAGGACUCUCAAGCACGGGGGCAAGUCCGGUAUCUUGCCAGACGUGCGUCCCAUCUUCAGACACAACCCAAUCAGGCCAAAAACCGCACAUGAAAUCGAGGAGGAGUCUCGCAUUGAGCAGGGCUUUGCAGAGGGCGUCCCGCUCCCUAAAAAGAAAGGAUUCAAGUUCAGCCGAAUGCCCGUGGAAAAGCCGGUCUUGACGGUCAAGGAGAGAAUCGAACGGAUCGACAAAGUGCAUGUGCUGGCGGUUCCUGACGGAAAGCAGACGAAGGAGCAGUUGUGGGCCAAACAGAGAGAACAGCUCAGAAAGCAAUACUUGAAGGAGGCUUAUGAAACAGAGAGUAAGCGCAUCGAGAAGCUCGAGGCCAUGCAGACCAAGAAGCGCGAGCUCGAUGCCCAGGAAAAGGAAAGCAAACAACACAAAGAGUCCGAGACAGCCCAGUACACGUUGCCCACCAUCGACUCGUAUUUGAGCGGCCCCAUCAUGAGACCCAGAACUCCCGAGGAGCAGGCCAUCGUGGACGAAAAGCGUAUGUUGAACAGAAAAUUGUCCGAGUUGGAGGUGAUGAACGCCAAGGCCACAGAUUUGUUGGAGUUGUACCAUGCCGCAGCCAACUACAUCACCACCGAGGAGGAGUUGGAGCUUGCCAUCAAGGACGCCUUCGAGCUCGAGGUGGGUCGUUUCGAGAGCUCAGCCAGAUUGAUCGAGGACAAGGUUUCCGGCUAUGCCAACCCUUAUGUCAAUUCCAAAAACAAGGAGCAGUAUAUCAAGGACGUUGCUUUUGGUCAAAUCAACGGACAGCCGGGACUCGACAUGGUGAAAGACACCUUGAGCGGGGAGGCCGAACUCAUCAGGCGCGAGGCCCAGAGAAAGCUCAACCACAACUAG